UCCAUACAGAGAGUCAAUGCCACGUGCGGAAAGGGUAUCAAUGAAAGCUCUCCAAGACGAAUGGAGACACUUGUUUAUUACACGCGCUGAGGGAGAAAACAACAUACACAACCCGAAAAUUCCGGAGGACACAAAUGAUUUUGAUGACGAUAUGCCUAUUGAAUGUAAUGAAUCAGAAGAAGAAAGCAUCACUGGAGACCGUGAAGUGUUUUCUGUUCAUCAUAAUGAAGAGGAUGAAGACCAAGAAGAUUCUAGCCAAAUAUGCGAAGAAUCAGAACCACAGGAAUUGUUCGAAAUGUUCGGUAUAUAACAUCUGCUGCUACACAUACAGACCAAAAUUGUGCCGUCGUACUGACAAACAUUUCAAGGAGCUUCCAAGUGGACUUAUCAAUAUUAUUAAAGAUCUCUCUCUGGACAUUUCUGGAUUGUACCUGCCUCAAACCCUAUUGACAGGAAGAAUUGAUCUGAACGAUGAGUUCGUCGCAUCAAUUGAAGUCGAGGAUGCAGAAAAAUCGAAGGAAAUUCUGCGACGACGAAGGGAAAGACCGUUGGCAUUGAGGCAGUUCAGUCAUGCUCUUUCAAGAGCAAUGGCGAAUCUUCGCACAUAUCAUUAUGAUGUGACGACCGAGAAGAUUGAGAGGUGUCCAAUGAGAAACUCUUGCAAAGGACAUUUAAAAUGGGAGCAGAUGCGAAAAUAUCGAGCUCAGUGCAAGAAGAAUUUCAAAGACCCUAGCCUGGCGACUGUGGAGGAUAUGAUGUCAAAAUGA